AUCAUUACUUGUAACAACAUGCACGCACACCGGCACACAGUAAAGGUGGGGGCCAAAGCCUAGUAACCAGUGCAUUUAAAUUGUCAAUCUAGCCCUGCCCGAUUGUUUAAGAGUUAUCGCGCGAGAGGGAAUGGUUUUUAGUUGUUCAAACACAUCGGGGCCAGUGUCUUUUCACAGUCUGCUUGAUCGAGGUAGUUCGUAGAAUUGCGUAUUUGUGGAGCCGGAAGAUCUGCCUGCACUGCAAGUGUCCGCGGGAGGACCAUUACAUCAUGUCGGGGGACCAGGAGAAGACAGUCAGCCGCAUGAUGACGGAUUUCCAGAGGAACUCCACCUCCGACGACGACAGCGGCUGCAUCUUGGAGGAGUACACGUGGGUGCCUCCGGGCCUCAAGCCGGAACAGGUUCACCAGUACAUGAACGCCCUGCCGGACGACAAGAUCCCCUACGUCAACAGCGGCGGGGAGAAAUACCGCAUCAAGUCCCUGAUGCAGCAGCUGCCACCCCACGACAACGAGGUGCGCUACUGCAACGGGCUGAGCGAGGAGGAGAAGCGAGAACUCAAGCUGUUCAGCUCUCAGCGCAAGAGGGAGGCCCUGGGGAGGGGGACGGCCAGGCCGCUGCCACUGACCCUGGCUGGAUGCGUCUGCCAUCAGUGUGGCAAUGCUGUGUGCGGCGGGGAUAUCGCCAUCUUUGCCUCCCGGGCUGGUCCCAACGCCUGCUGGCAUCCGGCCUGCUUCGUCUGUGCGGUCUGCAACGAACAACUGGUUGAUCUGAUCUACUUCUACCGAGAGGGCAAGAUAUACUGCGGGAGGCAUAACGCCGAGACCUUGAAGCCGCGCUGUGCUGCUUGUGAUGAGAUCAUCUUUGCUGAUGAAUGCACCGAGGCCGAGGGCCGCAGCUGGCACAUGAAGCAUUUCUGCUGCUUUGAGUGCGACAAGGAGCUCGGCGGUGAGCGCUACAUCAUGAGAGAGGGCAAGCCUUACUGCUGCACCUGCUUCGAGACCAUGUUUGCCGAGUACUGCGACACCUGCGGGGAACCCAUCGGUGUGGACCAGGGACAGAUGUCCCACGAGGGCCAACACUGGCACGCCACCCAGAAAUGUUUCCAGUGCUGUACCUGCGGGAUAUCGCUACUGGGCCGUCCCUUCUUGCCAAAGCACGGACUGAUCUACUGCAGUGGAAACUGCAGUCGUGGGGAGAAAGCCCCACAAGAGAUGGACGAUCCAAUGGGGUUGGGGUCUCCCAAUAUGAGUCGCAGCCGCCGACCGAUCAAUGUUGAAGAGCUCAAUCUGGAUAACUUGUCGGCUGUGACUGCGGAGGACCGGACCCAGCAGUCUAUUCAUCGGUCACGCAACCUGUCGCGUCACUCACUGCCGGAUCUCAGACGACAGUCACAGUCAGCAGCCGAAGAAAGGCGGCGGGCAAGCAUGAGAACUGCCUCUGAGAGGAGACGCAAUAGUGCCACCUCGGCACAGAACCGGGCCUUAAAGAACGAAGCCGUACAGGGGAGGUAUAAGGAGCCACCAAACACUGAUCAAAUGAAAAGACGCGCAGCCAGCGAAGUCAGAACAGCCACUAACACCAUCGGGGGAUCCCAGCGAACACAGUCCACUCACAGCGUCAACGACGAACGUUACAUCAUGCCGCAAUCGGACAAUAGCUACAGGCACGGUCUGGUACCCAAGACCAAUGCCAACUACCACAAUGGAAUGAGGAGGCCAGAAACCAUGGGACACUAUCCAACACAGCCCAGGAAUCCUCGGGAUCCAGACCAUUUUGACAGGAAGUCCAACGUGUAUCACUCGGAGCGAGUCACCGGUCGCUCGCGGUCCGAGGUCACGCUUGAUCAGCGAGCAGCCAUGGAUCGCUGCUCCAGUGGGAGGAGGCGAAGUUACCGUGACGAUUAUAUGUCCAGCUCAUCCUCAUCGGAAGACGAGGACUAUUUCAGUCCCAGCGGCAAGGGUCAGCUGGGGCCCAGAAUUCGUUACGUAGAGACCUACGCAAGAACUCGGUCUCAAUCCCAACCGUUCAAUCAAAAGCAGUCCAACGGAAGGAAGAAAUCCAAGAGGAAAGGAAAGAACUGUAUUGUGUCUUGAUGUGGCUUCUUGCUUACAGAUCAAAUCAAGUUUGUGCUAUGUAAUUUUUUAUAAAUAAAGUGAUUUGUUAAUUAACAAAUUAAUGACGACGUCUGUCAUUUCAGUACAUAUUUUUGUAUAACUUGGUAUUCUGCCUGUGACAAGAUUUGUUACAAUGUCAUUCACAAUUUUAAAAACAUUUUUUUAUAUGUGUCUGCAAAAUGUGUUGAGGGCUUUAUGACACCAUUUAAUUCAUAUUAAGCUUAAAAACUACCUAGGGAGUACAUUUCAACACCAUACUCAGGUCCUCAUUUUGGACUUUUUCUUGCACAAAGCUUUAACUUUUUCAGACUGCAGGAGUGAAAUACACUUUUCGUAGGGGUUGGGGUACUUUUGCCAUGGUGUUUCUACUACAUGUAUGUUAGUUUAAUUCUGAGUGCAUUUUGAGUGAAACCUGUCUCUCUUUGUACAUUUUGUAUGGCAAAGUCAAAAAUGCAACACUCACUUUUAUAAGCUGUGAAUAUUUUUUUUUUAAAUUGAGAAGCCUCUUCAUGGUUGUAAUUACACGUAGUUGACGAUUGACAUCAAGUGUCUGCUGCAAUUUAAAUGAGCUUUAGGGCCUUUCACACACAAACACUGUGUUGGACCCGGGGUCCAACACUGAGAUUUUGGGAACCCUUUUCACACUGUCCAGGGUCUUUCAACAGGGUCUUCACUUUCAACACGGGUCCGGCGCUCUAAACGGGUAAAAUCUAACCCUGGUUUGGACCAGGGUUGAGAUGCUCUACCCGGGUAGAAAAUCUGAAAUCCACAGCCGACCCAUGUACACAGUGUUAAGUGUGAACGGUAUGCCUUGCCUACCCAUAUUCGAUGGAACCCGGGUUACACGUACGGUGGACCCGUGUUGAUUUCAACACAGUAUUUUCACUCCUACCCCCCGCCCUGCAAACAGGGCACUGGGAAGGGCUAAUGAGCUUCACAGAAUCUUGUGAAGUGGGGGUGGCAUUCUGGGUAAUUCAUCUGGCUGCAGCUGUUUACGCAGUAUAAAGCCAAUGCGUGUAAAUGCUAUCACUCUCCAUACCAGAUAUGAUUUCUUUUUCAUUGCGGACCAUGUGGACAAAUUUUGAGCGUCGCUUAAUAUGCAACCCAUCGUGAAUUCAAAACGGAGCCUGGGCAAGUGACGGGAAUUGAAAAUUUACAAAACAGAUAAGUUUUACAGAUUUUCCUACAUUAAUAUACGCUUUAAAAUUAAUAUACUACCGGUAAAAGAGUAGUGACUCGGUUUGAACAGCCGUUUAAAACCUUGCAGUGUUAUGACCUGUAGGUCACGCAAAAUCUAUCCAAUCAGAACGUAAAUUCAUCAGCCCGUCCCAGCGUCCUGUUUGCAGGGCGGGGGGUAAGAGCAAAGACGAUAUAGUCAAAGGGCUUUAUAUCAUUAUCAUCCUACCCUUGCUUGUGGGGAAACUGAAGUUUUGGGGUUAUAAAAACAAGGUUUGUCUUUAAUAGAGGCUUUCUCUACUCACUCAUGGAAAAACUUAACCAAACAACUGAGUAUUUCAUGUCACUGUCUUUAUUCAGGCUUUUAUUACUUGAUUUGUCGGUGUACAUGUACAUAGUUUGUUCUCAUUGUGUUUGAUCACAUUUUCAAUUCACAACAUCUUUUACUUGUACUUUUCUUAAAACUAAGGCUUAAUAAAUGGUUCACACAGUUUGAAGCCUUUAUCUCUGUACUACACAAUCACUGCUGGUGCGAUGUUGGCCAAACUUUUGACAGUGAAUGUUCAGUUUGUUAAAAUCCUGUUGUGGGUUUUUACAAUUGACUACAAAAGCACACACAUUUGCACUGUACUAUUAAAAAUUUACACACAUCGUUGCAAAUUAUUGUAUUCGACAAAAUAUUCAAAUAUCUUUUUUACAGUAAAUAUUGUCUGCCUGACACAAUUCUACAGUUCAGUAUAGUGCUUUGAAUUUUAAGGCAUUCGAUUCAGUGCUUGUUUGCUAAAAGUACUUUUAUGCUUCACGGUCUAGCACAAUGUUUAACUAGAACUUUUUUUACUGUACUUAAUAAUCAUCAAAAAAUUAUUGAUUCAAAAAUACACAAAUAUAAUUUAAGAAAAUGUGUGUUUAUUGGCAAACUUCAGUACUGAUUUCAAAGUUUCAUAGUGAAUUGCUGUACUUCGUUUGUUAAGGCAAAUUUGGUGCUUAACAAAUGAUUAAUCUGAACUUUUCUGUGUUUGUAUUCUUAAAUCAAAUGUUUUAUAUACUGUUAAUUGGUCUUAAAUAUUACCUUUACAAAAAGCGACUAUUGACAUUCACUGUAAAGUCACUGUAAAUUUGUAUUGUGUUUGUAGAAACUAUUAAAAAAAAACUAAAGAACUUGA